AUGGAAGCCGUCCCAGUAGGUGCCACAAAAUCCAUGGAAAAGUCGAAAAGAUCUCGCACGGCCUUCACCAGCCAUCAGCUUCUGGAAUUGGAGCGGGAGUUCCAUUUGAACAAAUACAUGUCACGGACACGACGCAUUGAGAUUUCCCAGCGACUGAAUCUGACCGAAAGACAGGUGAAGAUCUGGUUCCAGAAUCGCAGGAUGAAGUCCAAGAAGUUGGCCAAUAAGCAGGUGGCCAAGGGAGUUCUGACCCCCACACAGUUGUGCGACCUGCCACCAAGGGAAGAUCUAUUGGAGCACGAACAUAUUGUGGAACGUCUUUUGCAAUAUGUGAACACAACUGUGGAGAGUGUGCCCCAACCGGAAGCAGAGCACGCCGGGAUGCCUCUACCACCUAUUGGUGUGCCUCCGCAACAAGGACACAUAACGCCACCCUACCAGGCGUAUGACUACCUUCAGGAGUUCUGUCCAGCCCCCUUGCCGAUCGCAGAGAUGCCCAUCAACCAACUGGAGCCGCCGAUCAAUCAAAUGACUCAAAAUUGGCCCAGCAGUUGGUUUGCGCCUGAGUCUACCUCGGAACCCCUUCAAAGUCUACAGAUUCCCAGCUCCAAUCCCUACGCCCAAGAUCUUUUUAUGGGACAAAAUCUGUGCUGGGAUUCGAAUAGUAGCUCUUCUGGGGCGUCCCUGCAGGUGGACUUUGAUUUCAUACAGAAUUUAAUUGACUUUUAA